ACAUUCAACUGUACAGAUACCAACACCUCCUUCACUAAAUACCCUUCCUUCUUUUUCGUUCUCGUAUAAAAAUCAUGUGCUCCUGGGAAUGGUACGCGUUGGAAACGGACGCGUUUGUAAGUGAUCACGUUUUCGCAGGAUAUUUGUUUCUCCACGUCACCACCACCAUCCUUACACCGUCUUUCAAGUUUAAACUUGCAUCUCAUUCAUUCAUUCAUCCUCUUGUUCUUAUACUAUUUACAUGGGCCAUACUCAAAGCACCAUAUUUUCCUCUGUAUCCGCCGAAACAGCCCUGACUGCUGUCGCAGUCGCCGGUGCUGUGAGCUUUGCUGUGGUCCAGAUUUCGAAUUCGUCACAGGCCAGAGCUAAGCCGCCGCCGCCGCCUCCGGAAACGAAAGGGAAGAAAAAGGGGAAAGCCAAAGCGAAGAGCAAAGGGACAGAAACGUCUGCCUCACUCCAGGACAGCAGCGCCAGUGCUGCGGUUGAGCAGAAGGAGGUGUCAGUCGCGAGUUCUUCGGAGGGUAUUCCUGGGGACUUUGAGGCUACUAAGAUACCUCCUGAUGUCAUCAUAGCAUCAAAGGAGUCAGCAGCAUCCUUGCCGAAGAAGAAGAAUAAAGGGAAGAAGAAGAAAGCCACUGCGGCUAAAGCAGAAUCUCAAUCUCCUGCAGCGUCUGCUCAAGUCCCACCUUUGCUACCACCACCACCUUCAGAGCCAACAACGACGACAGAAACACCAAAACUCCAAGCUGAUCCUACCGUUGAGGUGUCCCCAGUACGAGCAAGUACCAGUGAAGCUGACAAUAACUCUAACACUGGAGUGAUUACACCUACACGGUCUACCACUUCCGAGUCAUCGUCAAGAGCAGUCCCUGCUGCAGGAUUCUCCUGGGGCGACUAUGAAGAUGCACACGAUGUUGAAGACGAUGACGAGGGUUGGGGAGUUGUGAAGCGAAGCCGUGGGUCGCGUAACGCUACCACUGCAAACUUGUCGAACACGAACAAAACCGUGCCAACAUCUAACCAACCGCAGACAAAGCGUCAGCGGCAGAACGCUGCUCGGAAGGCGGCCGAGAAGGCGGCCAAGGCUGAGGCUGAGAAAGAGAGGCUGGCAGCGCUCGCAAAGCACCACAAAGAGCUAGAAAAGACUCGUAUGGCAGAGCUCUCUAGCGGAAGAGGUGGGAAGAAAGUUAGUGGUGGGAUGAUGGCUACCGUUGAUGACAACGGGAAGCUAGUUUGGGAGUAGGGUAUCCACAAUUAUUUAAGUUCAGCUAUUCGCUUUCAGGGGACAUUCAA